AUGACCGCCAGAGCUCGACGACCCCAGAACAAAUCCGCCCGGCCGCCCCUGACAAUCAAAACUGACGAAACAGAGGAUGCGAAUGGGAACGGUCACAUCAACGGCAACGGCAAAAUGAGCAGCGGAGUAGAGAUGCGCCGAAAGGCUGCUAAUCCAGGAGACGAGAAUGUCGCUGCGAACUUCAUCAAGAGCGAGUCCUUUUCCCUCGACGAUCCUGUUCCCAAGACACCAGCCCUCAACGACCAUGGCUUCUUCGAGCUUCCUCGACAGGACCAGAGAAGUUUCCUUCUUUUGGUGCUUUUAUACUUCUUGCAGGGUAUUCCUAUGGGCCUAGCGACGGGUUCCGUGCCUUUCCUGCUCAAGAACCAUAUGUCUUACAGCGAAAUUGGUGUCUUUAGUUUGGCCUCAUAUCCUUACUCUCUGAAGCUCCUCUGGAGUCCUUUCGUGGACGCUGUCUGGAGCCCCAAGAUUGGUCGACGCAAGACUUGGAUUGUCCCAAUUCAGUUUCUCUCUGGUUUCGGCAUGUUGUGGCUUGGAUCACACGUUGAAAGCAUGAUGGACACGGCCGGAAAGCCUGGCGGCAUGACAGCCUUCUCGUUCAUGCUGUGGUGGUUCUUCCUCGUCCUCAUGUGCGCCACCCAGGAUAUUGCUGUAGAUGGCUGGGCCCUGACACUCCUGACCCCUGGAAACGUAUCAUACGCUUCAACUGCGCAAACCGUUGGUCUCACCGCUGGCCAUUUCAUGUCUUAUACCGUUUUCCUUGCUUUCAACGCUGCCGAUUUUGCCAACAAAUGGUUCCGAACCGUUCCUUCCGAUGAAGGUCUUCUCUCGCUCGGAGGAUACCUCAAGUUCUGGGGUUGGUCCUACAUCAUUGUCACCAUUGGACUUGGACUUUUGAAGAAGGAGGACAAGUCGCAAAACGAAGAUGGUGUCUGGGAUGUCUACCGCAUCAUGUGGGGUAUCCUGAAGCUUAAGAACGUUCAAACCAUCAUCAUUGUUCAUCUCAUCGCCAAGAUUGGCUUCCAAGCUAACGACGGUGUCACCAACUUGAAGCUCCUGGACAAGGGAUUCGGCAAGGACAACAUGGCUUUAACAGUUCUUAUUGAUUUCCCCUUCGAGAUCGGUCUGGGUUACUACGCCGGAAUGUGGUCUCAAAAGUACACUCCCAUGCGUCUUUGGUGCUGGGGUUUUGUUGGUAGACUUGUCGCCGCUCUAUCUGCCCAAUUUGUCGUCGCAAUCUUUCCUUCCGAGGGAGUCACAUCUUGGUAUCUAUUGGUGGUUAUUGCCGAGCACUUGUUCUCGACCUUUACCAACACCAUUAUGUUUGUUGCAGUCUCGGCUUUCCAUGCCCGAGUCUCGGAUCCUGUCAUUGGUGGUACCUACAUGACGCUCCUCGCAACUGUGUGCAACCUUGGUGGUACGUUCCCUAGGUACUUUGUUCUACAGCUCGUCGACAGCUUUACAGUGGCCACAUGUCACCCUGGCAAGUCUGGAGCAUCAGCAUUGAAGGGCACACUCGUCACCGAGGCAUUUUCAUGCGCAGUGCAGUCCGAAAAGGAGCGAUGUGAAGCCGGUGGCGGAAUAUGCGAAAUGACCCAUGAUGGAUAUUACACGGUAAACAUUCUCUGUGUAUUGUUUGGCGCUGCGACAUUCUUCUGGUACAUCAAGCCCAAGGUGAUGCAUCUCCAGAGUCUGCCAUUACGCGCAUGGAGAUUGACAAAUGAGAACAAGCGAUAA